AUGGAUACUUCGGGCGUCCAUGCGCUGAUGCCCUUCUGGCCUGGCACUGAGCCUUUGGCCCAAAUUGUCAGUGAUAUUCAACCGCCAGUUCGACCCUCUUCGGUGGCGCAAAUAGCGACGCAAACAAGUGAAAGAGUUCACAAGAUAUGGGAAGCGGCGAAGCAGGACACCCAACCAUUCCCCCGGCCGCCGAGUACCUCAGGGGAUGAUAAUUACAGCCCCUCCGCCGUUAGCUCCUCGCCAUCCUCUUCUGAUGCGGAGGGAGAGGUAGUAGGAAGUGAAUUGCCAGUAUACCCCUACACUUCCAAUAGCACAGGUCCUGUCACGCUUGUACAUAUGUCAGGAACUGUUACUCGUGAAGUUCCAGAGAGCCGGAGAAGGAGAGAAGAUAACCUGGACCAGCCAACUCCAAAGCGUGCUCGGAAAACAAUGGCAUCCUAUUUUCCGGACAAUUUAGGCUACCCCCGCGUCGAGCCAUCUUUAUCUAGGCAGUCUACAGGCGGUGGUGAGGGAUCCUCUCGCAGGAGCUCCAGUCGAAAAUCGACAUCCACACCAAAGCCCAGCAUCGCCUCACCGAGCGGGCGAAAAUCACUAUACGACUUAAAGGAACAAGAGAGGUAUGUCACGCUGAAGGGCAAGCCAUUCCCGGUCAUUGUGAAUGUAGAUGACCAUUCAUACCGGCACAUAACAGAAUCUGGGGAACAGAAACCCACGGGAGGAGCGCUCAUCCCUGAAAAUUACCGUCCCAGAGGUCCAAGGCAGUAUCAUUGCCCAGUGAGGGGCUGUGAGAAAGUCUACGAGAGGGUUACCGGGCUUGGUGGCCACUUCUCCUGGUCUCAUAACACGACUGCCUUCAACGACAACCGUGACGGGACAUUAUCGUCUCUUGGACCUUACGAGACUGAUGCCAAUGUCAAUUCCUUCCCAGGUGUGAUUGUCUCGCGGAAUCCCAACACAAUCGUACCACCACCUGUUCAAGGGCAAACGCCUGUCUAUCCUCCCAAACCAAUUACGGCACCCUCUCCCCGUCAACCAGGCGUUUACUUAAGAAACCUUCUCUCACAAAAACAGCGGGCUUAUAAUCGAGAGGACAUUCUUUUCAUGCUGUCACUCCCCCAGCUUCGUGAGCUGCCAAAAGUCUGGACCCUUCAUCUUGCGACUAAAAGUCUUUCUGAGGGCCUGUACGCAAUAGUCCUUGCCUUUAUCGUCGGGGAGGAUGUCUCUGCAACACACAAGUGUACGCGUUCUGGAGAGAUAAAUCAGUCCAUCAGAAUACCCCCGGGGAUGCCAAAGGCGGCAAAAACUCAGUUGGCCCGUGUCGAAUCCUGUGUAAGCUGCCUCUACUAUAACUUCGGUCACCCUUUGAACCCAGCACCGUGCAGCUGGACGCCUGCCCACGAAGUCCACAUGCUGGGAUGGUCCCAAUCGAUAGAGGGUAGGUCAAGGUCUGCCGAUAGCAGAAGAGGCCUGCAAAGCGCCAGUUUAAAGAACGAGGAAUCCGUGUCACAGUCGAGCGCGUCAAGAGAAGUGAGCGACGAAGAGGUUGAAGAGGAACCAAAACCGGAAUCACCUCCUCCUCGGAGGGCUACGAGAAAGCAAGCUGCCCAGAGCAGGAAUGAUUCAUCAAAAAUGGAAGACUGGGAAUUUGCCCCAGGGAGACAACUUGAUGAGAAAACCGGGGAACCUUUCGCAUUUUCUGGUCCGUACGUUACCAGCCAAAACGCAAUACAAGUCGCAGAAGACAUAGGCUUCCACCGGCUGCGAAUACCACCUGGGGGGACUCAGCAUUGGAACGCCAAGAAGGAUGUUUUGCGGACUUUCGACGUAAUAUCGGGCAAACUUGAGCUUAAGGUGGGAGAUGCCAAGGUGCAGCCGAUCGGCGCGGGCGGGCUUAUCGUACUUCGUCCUGGCAUGAAGCUUACGGCUGAAAAUCGACAGUACGAUGAGGCGGUGGUAUCGUGUUAUAAUAUCUCGAAUUACUCCCUUGCGUGA